AUGGGAACUGCUGGCACCUUUCAGAUAGAUCAUGAGCUGAAGACUUCAGGUUUUUGCCCUCCUUCACAUUCUUGCCAUGAUUGGAUUGGGCCUCCCGAUCAGCGUUCAAACCUCCGGCCGGUAAUAUUUUAUGUUCCUAAACAUGAAUCUCCAUUGGAAUGCAGACUUAGAGAACUUAGACAAGAAACUCAAGCUUGGAAUCAGCAAUUUUGGGCAAACCAGAAUGUAUUGUUUAGAAAGGAAAAAGAAGAAUUUGUUCACUCGAGAUUGAAAGCCAAAGGUCUAGAACUGAGAGAUGAAAAAGGGCGGAAAGCCACACUGGAUGCCGAAGAAAUGGCUGAAUUUUACCAACUUUUUUUAAGUAAAAACUUUAAAAAGCAUCUACUUUAUAACAGGGAUUGGUACAAACGGAAUUUUACCAUCACGUUCAUCAUGGGUCAAGUGGCGUUUGAGAGAGCGUGGAGAAGACUUGGGUUGAAAAAGAUAAAAACUGAGGGCUAGUACAUUGCAUCACCAGGUACCUCUGGAAGAUGGCCUUAUUAUUACUUAGAAACUAAAUAGCAACAAUGGCUGUUCUC